AUGACAUCCGCUCCGUACGGCUGUGAUCAGGAGAGGUUCUGUGCCCGGAUCCUCUCCUAUCUGACAUCCGCUCCGUACUGCUGUGAUCAGGAGAGGUUCUGUGCCCGGAUCCUCUCCCAUCUGACAUCCGCUCCGUACUGCCGUUCAUUCACCUGCAUUAGACGUGAGGGCGCCAAGGGAAAUACGGCCGCAGAGGAGGGGGACAGAGGUGAGCACCCACUGCUGCAUGACCAAGGAUCAGGUUGUUCAGUAGGAUUUAACAUGGACUUUGACUUAUCCAUUGUGAGUUUCACCUUUGUGCUGACUCCUGUGCGGCUUCACUUUGCUCAGCUUUCUUUGCUGGUUCACUGUGCAAAUCCACUACACAACUUCCAGGGAUCAUCGUUUCUGUGGUCAGUGGGGUUUGUAGAACUGCAGGAGAUCUGGGCGUCUGGUCCACUUCUUCUGUGUGCUGGCAUCACAGAUCCUUUAAUUUCUUUGAGUCCACCAUGUCUUACGGAAGAGGACCGUUUUAGUUUUGAAGCAAUCCGAACAAUUCACAAACAAAUGGAUGAUGACAAUGAUGGUGGCAUUGAAGUGGAGGAAAGUGUUGAUUUCCUGCGGGAAGACAUGAACUACAAAGAUGCUUCUCACAAGCACAAUCAUUUGCACAGAGAAGACAAACAUAUUACAGUGGCGGAUCUGUGGAAGAGGUGGAAAACAUCUGAAGUACAUAACUGGACAGAAGAGGAGACAUUGCGGUGGUUGCAUGAAUUUGUAGAGCUCCCGCAGUAUGAGAAGACGUUCCAUGAAAACUCUGUCAAAGGAACAACUCUGCCAAGAAUAGCAGUUAAUGAGCCUUUGUUCAUGAUAUCGCAUCUGAAAGUAAUUGAUCGAAGCCACAGACAAAAACUCCAUCUUAAAGCAUUGGAUGUCGUGUUGUUUGGACCUUUGACAAGACCUCCUCAUAAUUGGGUGAAAGAUUUUGUGCUGACUAUAUCUAUCGUUAUCGGUGUUGGAGGAUGCUGGUUCGCCUACACUCAGAAUAAGACCUCUAAGGAGCAUAUAGCACAGAUGAUGAAAGAUUUAGAGGGGCUGCAGAAAGCGGAAAUGAGUCUUCUUGAGCUACAGGAAAGGCUUGACAAAGCUCAGGAGGAAAACAGAACUGUGGCUGUAGAAAAACAAAACCUUGAACGCAAAUUAAUGGAUGAAAUAAGCGAUGCAAAACGUGAAGCUCAAAGAUUGAGAGAAUUGCGUGAGGGUGCAGAAUGUGAACUGAGUAGACUGAAGUACGCAGAAGAGGAGCUAGUCCAGGUUCGGAUGGCUCUGAAAAAAGCAGAGAAAGAAUUUGAGCUGAGAAGCAAUUGGUCUAUUCCUGAUGCUCUGCAGAAGUGGCUGCAGUUGACACAUGAGGUGGAAGUCCAGUACUAUAACAUCAAGAAACAAAAUGCUGAAAUGCAUCUCGCCAUUGCUAAAGAGGAGGCAGAAAAAAUAAAGAAGAAGAGGAGCACAGUUUUUGGAACAUUGCAUGUUGCACACAGCUCAUCUCUGGAUGAGGUGGACCAUAAAAUUCUUGAAGCAAAGAAAGCACUGUCUGAGUUAACGACAUGCUUACGAGAGCGCCUUUACCGAUGGCAGCAGAUUGAGAAGGUUUGUGGCUUUCAAAUUGUCCACAAUUCUGGUGUGGCAAACCUAACCUCCACUCUGUACUCAGACCACAGCUGGGUGGUUAUGCCCAGAGUCUCAAUCCCUCCUUACCCGAUUGCCGGAGGAGUGGACGACUUGGAUGAAGAUACACCUCCAAUCAUUUCCCAGUUUCAUGGUUCUAUUAUAAAGACCCAUGGAACAUUGGCACGCAGCAGCAGCAUGUGUCGUCCUCGGCGUAGUGUUAUUCCACCUUCCCCCCAGUCUCAGCAUGUUCUGCAGUCACCUGAUCCAGAUAUUCUGUCUAUAUCAAGCUGUCCUGCUCUGUACCGCACCGAGGAGGAAGAGGAUGCCAUUUAUUUCAUUGCAGAAAAACAGUGGGAAGAUACAGGCUCAGAAUGUGAUUCUCUGAAUUCUUCUAUUGGAAGAAAGCCGUCUCCUCCUUCAAUCCUGGAGGUGCAGCAGGUCAGCGCACCUCCGCGAAAGAUCUCCAGAGAGGACUCGUCCUGCGAGGAGUCUUUGUCUGCAGACUCUGCUUUGGCAACAGAUAUUUCUAAGACCUCCACCCCUGACACCAUGGGUUUAACAGAAAGCCAGAGCAUGGUGUUUAGCCCAGCCAGUAAGGUAUACAACGGUAUUCUGGAGAAAUCUUGCAGCUUACAUCAGAUUUCCAGUAUUUUACCAGCCUCCAAGCCUCCCCAUCCUUCCUUCACCUCCUCUCUGAAUGAAAGCAAGCCAGUUCAAGAGGUCCAUGGGAUUCAAGUCCUCAAGACUACAACGCCUGAACUCUCGCAUAACGGAGAGAAGAAAAAGCAGUCUAAAAUUAAGGUCCUCUUGAAGAAAAUCUCAAAGUAAGUCACUUGAAGGGAAGGAAAAAGACAAUAGAGGCGCCAUUUUUACCAGUGUCAGAAUGUAACUCCAUGUGGAGUUUUCAAGACUGGACGUGCCGACAGGAUGCUCCGAAGUUUGUCUACUAUUUUACUGACUGUGAAGGUCAAGCCAGCGAUCACUGAAUUUUAUUGGAAAGGGGGAUCUGUUUACAGUCACUUUUUGUCUAUUUCUGCUUUUCAAGUUUUUAGUUACUCUAUCAUUUUUUUUUUUUCAGAAGCCACUUUGGACUUCCAAGCUUUAAAUGAACUAAUGAAGCCAGAUUUGGGGCUUACCCCUUUCCUCUUGUUUACUGGAGCAUCUUCUUAUCUUUCCACAGAGCUAUGACAUUUUACACCAUGGACUAAAUAACUAAUUGCACUACAGUUUUUCCAGACUGGAAAAUAAAAAAACAAAACAAAAGGCUAUUUGCAAGUGAAGUAAGAUUUGUAAAAUGACAGAUAAGAAGGUCCGUUUUCAAUUUUAAAUCAACCGGGUUUUUAAAGUAGAGCCUAAGAGUUUCUAAUCGAUGUGAUUUCCCUCCAAGGAAGCCAUACAUUUUCUGUAUGGUAGGUUUGUGUAGAUUCCCUCCUUACUGUUACAGAUUUGAGUCCUGCUGUAAGAGAUAUAUAUAUAGUGUUUUAUUCCCAGGGCUUUCACUGUGAUUUCACAGAGCUGCAAGCUGUAUGAUAUAUGUAGAUAUUCUAUAAUAACAAGAGGACGUGCUCUUCAUUCUAUAUGCAAGCCAGGCCGGUGGAACGUUGAAGCACCCGACUCGGUGCUUUAAGUGCGAUUAACUUAGCAGGGGAUUGUUUACAGGGAAAGGGUUACUGGAUGUGCUGAAACUUUCUGCUGUGUUAAAGUUGGAGGCAUUUACUGUAUCUUGGGCUGCCCCACUGAUUCCAUUAGCAUGCAGGUGUGCAAAAA